AUGUUCGUCCACUGCAACGAUAUAAAGAUCUGGAGGCUCGAGAAGUUCUGGGAACAAAAUGUCGCGGGGCGGCAUGCUCGGCAGCCUCAACCUAAGGAGUCGUAUCAGGAGACACUGGCAAGUAUCGAAGACCCACCUAAAAGUAUAAGACCAUCCGACACAACACUCGUAAGCCCAAGCCAAGUGGAUGAAGCAACAUACCGGGGCCUCUACAACGCCGAGUCCUCUUUCACCAAGUCCGAGGUUCAACACGAGCAAUACGGGGGUCAAGCACUAUUCAUCGCAUAUCUUCUUGCGAUCAACGUUAUUCUAUCAGCCGUCAAUCAUCAUUCCAAGCAGCCAAACAGCUGGUAUGCUACUGAAGGAAUCGAGAUCUGCACGUAUGUGGCCAAUCGUCUUGGAGUCCUAAGUUUUGCCAAUAUUGCGACUUCUAUUCUGUUUGCUGGCCGGAACAACAUUCUGCUAUGGAUCACUAACUGGUCUCACUCCACUUUCCUCUUGCUACACCGCUGGGUUGCUUUCAUUAGCCUCCUCCAAGCAUGCCUCCAUUCGGCAAUCUACCUCCAGAUAUACACAUCGGACGCCGGAUAUGAUUACUCCAGCGAGUCCAAGGUGCCUUAUUGGUAUUGGGGAAUCGUCGCGACCCUGGUGAUGGCAUUGUUAGUCCCGACGCCCAUCCUUCCUGUGAGAAAAAAGCUCUACGAGCUGUUCUUAAGCGGGCAUAUUAUGCUCUCCCUCUUGGCGCUUACUGGGUGCUACCUACACAUAUACCUUCGAUUUGAUCAUCAGUGGGGCUAUGAAGUGUGGAUCUACAUUGCCUUCGCGUUCUGGGCAUUUGAUAGGUUGAUGAGAAUAGUCAGGAUGGUCAAGAACGGCGUGCGUAAGGGGCACAUCACGGUCGUUGAUGAAGAUUAUAUCAGACUGGAAGUUCCCGGUGUGUUUGCAUCGGGCCAAGUCUACCUCUACUUUCCGUCAUUGACGUGGCGCUUCUGGGAGAACCAUCCGUUUUCCGUAGCUGCGGGCCUUCUCGAUCAAGAUCCUCGGCUUCCCCCACAACAAUACACUAUGGAUUUAGAAAAAGCACCAGCACAACAUUCGCAGCCAGCAGUAUACGAGCCUCCGCCAACCGCAAACCACCGUCACGAGACCGGCCUGACGUUUUUCAUUCGCGCCCGAAGUGGCCUUACCGCUCUGUUACGACAUCAAAAGCAGCUGCCCGUGCUUGUGGAAUCAUCCUAUGGUCGAAGCGUGUUCAACACGCACGGCUUCGGUUGCCUGGCUUCAUAUCCUAAUCUUGUCUGCAUUGUUGGAGGAGUUGGAAUCACGGCAGUGCUUCCCCUCCUCGCCGAGCACGUCGGGCAUAAAAAGCUCUACUGGGGCGUCAGGGGACCGAAUCUCGUUAAUGCAAUUAGUCAGAUCUCAGGAGGCGAGUCAGUUGCGAACGUGGAUGCGGAAAUCGUAGAGGGCAGAAGGCUGGAUUUGCGGGCUAUUCUUGAGAGCGAGCUCUCUCUUCAAUCGAACGCAGGCAGUGGCACAGCUGUAGUGGUCAGUGGCCCGCGGAGUAUGGCAGACGAGGCAAGACGGAUUGUUUCUCGACUCGCAUCGAAAAACAAGACUGCCGCCAUUGGCUUCUUUGAAGAGACCUAUGGCUGGUAG